UUUUUUUUUCAUUUUUGAUAGUGAUUUUCAAAAUUGAGGUUACGCAGCGAAAUCGUUGGAAAAAUUGUGUUAAAUUGAACAUUUAUAUUCAGUAAAAGCAAGGAGAGGACAAUGUUUUAUUGAAAUUUACAAAUUUCAAGUUCACAACUUUGAAAUUUCAAUAUUUUUAUGCAACAAUCUCCAAUCGCAAGCUGUCACCAUCAUCUCUCUUCCGCAGUUGCAUUCGGAAAAUAAAUAUGGUAACGAAAAUGUCUAAUCGUAAAAUUCAAAUUCAUUGACUGCAUAUUCUUCGAACACUCGCCGUAAAUUGUAAAUGAAUUUCGUUGAGUAGCCAAGUGCAAGACGUUCUAUGUAUUUUCAUGGGUUUAUUUGUGAUCAACGAUACUGAUGCGAGGUAUUUAGUAAUAAUUGUCGUUCGCCGGCCGACUGGUAUUUUACUUUCACUUACUUAGUAAGAAGGGGCAACUUUUAAGUCGUGGAGUAGUGAACGUUUACGUACCAGCGAUUGAAGCUGGAAACGGAAAGAAGUAGUAAGAUUAAGAAUGUUAUUCGUUUUAGUCGGUUGUUAUUGAAGAAUUCAUUUUCUGUCACAGUAAUUUCGUUCACGGUUUCUUACUUCAUAAUUUUACUUUCUAUUUUACUGUUUCUAGCCGUACAAACGUGAUUUUAAUUAAUUUAUUAAAUGUUUUUGUAAAGAAUGUGAUCGAGUGUAUCUAUCGUUUAUAAAAAAAAAACCUUUUAAUUCGUUCACUUUGUUACCUAAAUGAUGAAUUCGUUUCGAAGUUCUUGUAUUCUCGGUAAACGCUUAAACCGUGCUGCAUCCUUAUCAAAAAAUGAAUAUGUAAAGUGUAAAUUUGCAUUAUCGGUGUGUGUGAAACGUGACUACAGGACGAAUAAUGUUAGUGAAAAAUUAUCCAGCACUCAGAAACCAGACUGGAAUAGAGCUGUUUCAGAAGCUGAAAAAAUUGUCGGAUAUCCUACUUCUUUUCUGAGCUUAAGGUGGUUGUUAAGCGAUGAAAUUGCCAAUGUAGCUCUACACUUAAGAAAAUUAGUUGGUUCUAAUCAUCCUUUGCUCAAAACUGCCAAAAGCCUAUUAUACAGCGGUAGGAAUAAUAUGCAAGCAUGGGGCUUAAUCGUAUUAUUAAUAUCGAAAGCCGCAGGCCAUUUAAACGUCGACGAAAUGGAAGAAGAUAAAUCUGCUGGCGUUCUUCAUAGCCAAAGAGCAUUGGCGGAAGUUACCGAAAUGAUUAGGACCAGCCAUUUGGUGCACAAAGGCCUCGUAAAUAUUUAUCCGGGUCUAUAUCCAGAACCUGUAAUUCUCAGUGACAUGAUGUUUGGUAACAAAAUCGCUCUUCUUGGAGGAGAUUAUUUAUUAGGAAAUUGUUGCGCUGAAUUAGCAGCUUUACGAAAUCAAAAUUUAAUUGAAAUAAUGAGUGGUGCUAUAAGAGAUCUCACCGAAGGUGAAUUCAUCGGCCCCAGAGAUCUACAAAAUAACCCCUUACCAUCUAGAUUCCCAGCAUUAUCGUCUCCUUUAUCCCCACUACAUUUAUCUCAAUCUUCAGCCAUAAAAGAUUGGCGCCAUCGGAAUAUCUUAUCUGCAGCGAGCUUAUUAGGAAACUCAUGCAAAGGAACUCUGAUAUUAGCGGGGCAAAAUUCAGAACUUCAAAAACAUGCUUAUGAAUUUGGAAAACAUCUCGCGUUGGCUUCCCAGGCUUGCUUAGACUUGGAGCCUUUUACUACCGGUUCAAGAUACUCGCCAGGGGAAAUUUUCAAUUUAACGUCAGCUCCUGUGAUGUUACAUUUGGAACACGUUCCAGCAUUAUAUGAAGAAAUUGAAAAAGGCCGCGAAUCCGUUCAGAAUGUCGAUUAUGGCAAAAUACACGAGCAAGUUUCCCGCGGUCCGGGUUUAAUUUUAACCAAACAAUUACAAAAAGAACAUUCUCAACGAGCUAUGGAAGUAUUAGAAGUAUUUCAAGAGAGCGACGCGAGAACCGCUUUGUCUAAUAUUAUCGUAGCGAUGGGAGAAAUUUAAUACGUUUGAUCGAAGAUCGAACUUGUCGUGUUUGAAAGUUAUCCAAGAACAACUUCUAAAUUUUUCAAAAAUGACUUCCAAAUGUAAUUUUUGUAAUAUAAAGAUGUAUGUUACCACAAUAUCUUUUUAUAUGUUAAUUGUACGCUAUCGAAUUUUACUAAGUUUUCAAAUAAUACAUGUUUUUAUUUAAAUUUCA